AUGCAUAAGAUUGAUGACAAAUCAUUUUUAAAUAGUGAUAUUAACAACUUUCUAUACUGCGGCAAUGAAGUAGUUGAAGGUAACUUCCUCUUAAAUGCAAAAUCGAUAAACAAUAUCACAGUUUAUAAACUCUAUCCACAAAAAACUAUAGGUGGUGUUAAAUUCGAACGCACAAAGAACUGUCCUAACUUACCUGUAAUCACGAAUGGACUUACCAUACUUCAUAUUUCUUUGAUUGUUGUUUCAUGUGCUACUGUUAUUUGUGCCCUUUCAAUUUUCAUUUAUAAAUAUCAUAAAGCUCAUAAAUCGCAAAAGAGGAUUGAAGACAAAAUGCUUAUUCAAAGGCUUGUUACUGAAGAUUUUGGUUGA